ACUUCAUUUCUGAAAUUAAAUUUACCAGUAAACGGAAAAGAAAAAAAAAAAAAAUACAAAGAAGAGAAAUUCCAUUAAGAAACGCCUUUCCUUUUUUAUCUCCGAUCUUUUUCAAAGCUCUGAAAAAUCCUUUCUCGUUCUCGACGAAAACAGGGAGAGACAAACAUCGAAAAACCGAAAGAGAAAGAUCUGCCACAAUCAAACAGGGAUUGGGUUUUUGAGUAUGGUUUUGGCAAUUUGGAGUGGGUAUUGAAUUGUAAUUGAAGGAUGGGUGGAAUGUGAGGGGUCAGAUUUUUGGGGUGGCUUUGAUCUUUGGUGUAAGGGGUUUGUUUGUAGAAAUGGCUGAUAUAGCAGGUUUACAAGAAGCAGCAGGGUCUAGAUUUAGUCAGUUGGAGUUGAUUGGCAGAGGAUCCUUUGGCGAUGUCUAUAAAGCGUUUGAUAAGGAACUUAACAAAGAAGUUGCUAUUAAAGUUAUUGAUUUAGAGGAAUCUGAGGAUGAAAUUGAGGACAUCCAGAAGGAAAUUUCUGUUUUGUCACAAUGCCGUUGUCAAUAUAUCACAGAGUAUUAUGGUUCCUAUCUUCACCAAACUAAACUAUGGAUAAUAAUGGAAUACAUGGCUGGUGGUUCAGUUGCUGACCUACUUCAAUCAGGCCCUCCACUAGAUGAAAUAUCAAUUGCCUGUAUUUCACGGGAUUUACUGCAUGCAGUUGAAUAUUUACAUAGUGAAGGAAAAAUUCACAGAGAUAUCAAAGCUGCAAACAUUUUAUUGACUGAGAAUGGUGAUGUUAAGGUUGCAGAUUUUGGUGUUUCAGCACAAUUAACAAGGACGAUAUCAAGGAGGAAGACUUUUGUAGGAACACCAUUCUGGAUGGCACCUGAAGUGAUUCAGAAUACAGAAGGAUACAAUGAGAAGGCUGAUAUAUGGUCUUUGGGCAUAACUGUGAUUGAAAUGGCCAAAGGAGAACCUCCACUUGCAGACCUUCACCCUAUGAGAGUUCUCUUUAUAAUACCUCGAGAAAAUCCACCUCAGUUGGAUGAGCAUUUUUCCCGCCUUAUGAAAGAAUUUGUUUCCUUAUGUUUAAAGAAAGUACCUGCUGAGAGGUCUAGUGCCAAGGAACUUCUUAGGCAUCGAUUUAUCAGGAAUGCUAGGAAGAGUCAGAGACUUCUGGAGAGAAUUAGAGAGCGCCCAAAGUACCAAUUAAAGGAAGAUGCAGAAGCCCCCAGAAAUGGCCCCAAAGCUGUAGGAGAGUCAACUGACACUGUGAAGGUGACAAGAGAUAUAAGAGGUGAAGAAACUGUUCGAGCUAGUAAUCAAGGGAAAACAUUUAAAAAUGCUGGAUGGGACUUCAGCAUUGGUGGACCACAGAGUACAGGUGCUGUCCGAAGUGCUGUAAGACCUCCUCAGGUUAGAGAAACGAAACCAGAAGUUGCAUAUAAUCAAGCUGUACCAAGAGCUCCUGAGAGUGGUAAUGCGCAUGAUGAAUUCCCAGAAGUUUCCUUUAGAAAAGACUCUAGAGAGUCAUAUUAUGAUGAACAUCAGGAUAAUUACCAUGAUGAUGAAACUUCUGUCAGUGGGUCGGGAACUGUUGUCAUAAGAUCUCCUAGAGGAUCUCAAUCAUCUUCAUUGUUUCAUGACCCAUCCUCUCUUUCUAGCAGUGCAUAUGCUUCUUUUGAAGAUGCUUCUACCAGUGGAACUGUUGUUUUCCGUGGCCAACAUGAUGACACCGGUUCUCCUCGAACUCCAAGAUCCAGGCUAGGAUUUCAAGAGAGAACUUCAAGUGCAUCAGUUGAAGAUAGUGCAGCAAAUCUUGCUGAGGCAAAGUCCGCAAUUCAAGCAGGGUUAAGGAAAGGAAAUGCUAGGGACAGGUCUGCACUGAGCAAGAUCAAUAGUGCUGGGCACGAAAACAGAAGAAGAGAUCAAAUGAGUAACAGUUCUGAUUCUUCCAGAAGUUCACGUGAAUUUUUUGAUGUGCAAAGAUUUUUUCCAAGAUCACGUCAACCAAGUGAUGAUGAAGAAAAUGCAAAGAUAGCAUUGUCAUCUGUACCACUAUCCAUGUUGCUUAUCCCUUCCCUAAAAGAGGUCAUUGCUGAUGAUUCAGAAGGGUCAGUUGUGCAUGCAGUUACAAAUUCUCUUAUAAAUAUGGAGCGUACAAAGCCUGGAUCUUGUGAAGCUCUUGUUCGCAGGUUGCUUGAGCAAUUGGCAAGCUCAAAGGAAUCUUCAGUGAAAGAUAUGCAGGAGCUAGCAGCUCGCCUGUUCAAUAAGGGCAAGACGACUCCUAAAGAUGCACAAAAUACAAACAUGGAAACUGACGGUAGGAAAAAGCAGCAUCAUAAAGAACUUCAUUCAAAUUCCAACUUGAGCCCUCUUGCGAGAUUUUUACUUUCUAGAUGGCAAAGCCAAACGUCGGGGGAUCUCAACCCAACUUGAAGGAAAAUGUGAGUUUGAUUAUAUCUCUGUUUUGUAGUGUGUUUUCCUUUAUGCAUUUUGCUGAUUUUAAUGUACAUAACAUUUUAAGCAAUUGUGUAUUUAUCAUCCAUUAUGAUUAAUUUUCUAUUUUCAUAUUUUUAUUUUGCUGUGGCAGCAUUGAUGCAUAAUUAGGUUUUGCUAUUAUAACAUUACAAGAUGUAAUCUCAUUAACUAUUAAUCAUUCAUUAAAAAUAAUCUGAGUGAUAAUCUUGCGAGUGAAUUUGCUUAGGGUUAAUAGUCUUCCUUUGUUUUCCGUGAUAUAUCUGAUAAUUUUCGUGAAUGAAUGGAUUGGAGGCCAUGCUACCAUUGCCACCUUUUCAGUCAUCCUUAGUUGUUAAUGGUGUCUCGAGUGAAUAGCGCCAACCUUCCAUGUUUUAAUGGAUGAAGAGAGCUGAGUUUGGUAUUAUCAAUGGUUGAUCUGGUUAUCUUACUAGCAUAUAGUCUCCUGCUGAAAGAAGUUUUUGAAAUCGAUCUUUCCAAGUUUCAUAUGAAGAUAAGAUAUGGCUGCCACUGGUGUAAUACUUCCUCCUCAGCCAAGUAGAUUCUUAAAAUCUUGGUUAAAAAAAACAAACUACCAAAGUUCUUAAAGGUUAGAAGAUGAGCUCUUUUUUUUGUCAUGGGUCUAGUUGGUAACAAUAUGAGCUUUAUCUCUGUCAAUUUUGGUUCAAUCCUUGUAAAAUGCAUUUAGAAAAAUUAAUACAUAUAUAUAUUUAUUUAUUUAUUUAUUAAAUACACCAAAUCAAUGCGAAAAAGUGCGUUCCUCAAAUCAACCAGUGGAAAAAAAAAAAUUAAGUUGGAUGGAAAGCUUGACGAUCCCCUUUCUUUUUACCGAAAAAGUUUGUCUCGACCCUAGACCACUGUGCAUUACACUAAUGGUGGAUUAAAAGUGAACAUCAGUAACUCAAGAAUAGUAGAGAACUCAACCAUUGGCAACAUUCAAUUACCACAAGUUUUACAAGUUUUAUAUAUAACAGGUUAUUUCAAUUAAGGGUUCAACUUUUCAGGCUGGAUGCAAGGAGAUUGUCAUUAAGCAACAACAAAAAAAGAACCUAUUACACAAAAUUUUCUAAGUUGAAACUCUAGAUAGCAACCAUCCAUAAUGGUUUUGUCACAAAUUUGUGACCAGUGGGUUUGCUUGCAACCUAAGAUUAUAGGCAAAAUAAAAUUUAGGAAUUGAAUUCAUAUACACCUUUUGAAAUUCUAUUUGAGUUCUCGAGUAGCGAUUGUUAGGACUUUGAAUGCCAAGCACUGUUUAAUUGCAAACGUUGAAUGAAUAAGCCAACUUCUGGGUCGGAAGAGGGGAAAUAUACGAAGUAAACAAACCAGCAGAAGUUCCUUACAGUUUAGAAGAGUCAUCUGCAUAUGAUUGAUAGAAAGCAAAACAAGAUCUUUAUCACAUUU